AUGCAAGCAUCCAACAAACUCAAGUCCGCCUUUGUGGAGGGGAAGCAGACGUUUGGCGCGUGGCAGAUGCUCCCUGGGGCCAAUGUCUCCCGGCUCUUGGCGCGUUCCGGCGUGGACUGGGUGUUGAUCGACUGCGAGCACGGCAACAUUGACGAUGGUGCCAUGCAUGACGCGGUUCCUGCAGUUGCCGCGCUGGGAGUGUCACCGCUUGUGAGGCUGGCAGACAUGCAAGGAUGGAUGGUGAAGCGGGCCUUGGACAGCGGUGCUCAUGGUAUCAUCGUGCCCCUGGUGCGCACAGUGGAAGAGGCCAAGCAGCUGGUGCUGGACGCCAAGUUCCCUCCCCUGGGGCGGCGAGGCUUUGGCUCGCUCAUCGCGCUUGAGAGAUUCAACCCCAACCCCACUCUAACCGAGUAUCUUCACCAAGCCAAUAACGCCCUCGUGACCAUCAUUCAGAUCGAGACCCGCGAGGCAUUUGAGUCAGUCGAGGAGAUUGCGGCUGUGGAUGGAAUCGACGCGCUCUUUAUUGGUCUGUUCGAUCUCGGAAACAACAUCGGGUAUCCUAUCCAAAAAGGUAUAAUGGGGCCCGAACUAAAGGGGGCCCUUGCUCGCAUCCUAGCAGCAACGCGAAGGGCUAGCAAGAAGUGCGGAAUCUACUGCAAAGACGCGCAGCAGGCUAGGGAGUUUGCUGCUCAAGGCUAUGACAUGCUUGUAGCUGCUACUGAUUACACCACUCUCCAAACUGCUGUUAAUGGAGAGGUGACUUCAGCAAAGGGCGAGCAAGCUGGCAAGGGAACCUGGUGA